CACUUUCGAUAUGUUCAGGUGCUAAGACGAGACGCGUUUGUUUGGAUUGCUGCAUACAUACACGUCAUAAUGAACGCGUUGUAGCUUCAUCUGUCACUUCUCACUUUCCUGACCACGUACACGCGUCUGCAACAUGGAUAAAGCGCUCGUUAACUUCCUUACUGUCGUGCAACUGGUCUGGUGGCCCCUCAGGAAGCUCACCAAUGCUAUUCGAUUCAUUGUGUCGCCAGUACUGCACGCAGUAGUCUUCAUCUUAUCGCCAAUAUGGAUAGUGGGUAGCUUUAUGCUCCUCCCCUUUAUACAUCUUGCCAAGGGGUUGUUUCAUAUCAUCACGUUACCAUUGCAGGUGAAAUGGCUGGAACGAAUCGAGACACUCUACAUCUAUCUUGGAACCGCCGGCCUCAUAGGUUGCAUGACUGGCGCCGUCCUCUACUUCAUCUUCAAGUUCUUGUCAUCGUCCCUUAGCAUUGAUGCUACCUCAAGAGUCAAACCACGUAAAGGCCGCACAACUGCAGAAUUCAGGUCUGCCCGCCGCGAGAAGCAGGAUCGGAUCUUGGCCUCAAUGCCUCCCACUCAAGUCGUAUUGGACAAGGCGUCCAGACGCCGUAGGCAUGGCCUGUUGUCGCAAACGAUCGUCGAAGAGGAGGAUUCAGAUUUCUAAGAGCAUCAGGUAGUGGUGCAGUACUUGAGCGUACAGGAGCUGUAGGGGCAGGAUGGGCUCUGGAGCCCAUAAUCUCAAGGUCAUCGUAAUAGGGCAGUGACCUCGAGUUUGUGAUUGGUACAGCAGGAACUCUUGCAGGGCACAUGAAUUCCACUGGCUUUGGCUCGUUGCGACCUUGAGGGUCCUCAGAUAACAUAUUGCAGAAAGAGAUGGUCGAAGAAAUGUUUGAUCCUGC